AUGCCGGUCGAAAAUCUGGAAGAGCAGGGUUUGGAGAAAAACCCCAACCUGGAGCUGUCGCAGUGCAAGUUUCUGCUCAGCCUGCCGGAGUUUGCACACGAUAAGAAACUGUCCGAGAAGUUGCUGGCCGCGAUUAAGGCGGAAAACAUGGCACCAUGGUACGAGCAGGUUUGUGCUGACCUUGGCUGGACCGUCGACCAGAAGCAGCUAGCCGAGAUGAAGGAAAUCAAUCGGAAGAUGCUGGAAAAGUUGGAUGCCGCCAUUGAGGACGCGGAAAAGAAUCUCGGCGAGAUGGAGGUGCGCGAGGCAAACCUUCGCAAAUCGGAGUAUCUGUGCCGCAUCGGUGAUAAGGAAGGGGCCAUAUCGGCGUUCCGCAAAACGUACGAAAAGACGGUAUCGCUGGGCCAUCGGCUUGAUAUCGUGUUCCACACCAUUCGCAUCGGAUUGUUCUAUCUCGACCACGACUUGAUCACGCGCAACAUCGACAAGGCAAAGUAUCUGAUCGAGGAGGGCGGUGACUGGGAUCGUCGGAACCGGUUGAAGGUGUACCAGGGUGCGUACUGUAUUGCGAUUCGUGAUUUUAAGGCAGCGGCAAACUUUUUCCUCGACACGGUCAGCACGUUCACCAGCUACGAGCUGAUGGAGUACUCGACGUUCGUGCGUUAUACGGUGUACGUGGCCAUGAUAAGUUUGCCGCGUAAUGAGCUGCGCGAUAAGGUCAUCAAGGGGGCGGAAAUUCAGGAGGUGCUGCACCAAACACCCGACGUGAAGAAAUAUCUGUUCUCGCUGUAUAACUGUCAGUAUGCCGAUUUCUUCAAGCAUCUGGCCGCGGUUGAGUCGGUGCUGCGUAAUGAUAUUCUGUUCCAUCCGCACUAUCGUUAUUACGUGCGUGAGAUGCGCAUCCUGGCGUACACGCAGCUGCUGGAAUCGUACCGAUCGUUGACACUUCAGUACAUGGCGGAUGCGUUCGGAGUCAGCGUGGAUUACGUCGAUGCCGAACUGUCGCGUUUCAUUUCAGCCGGCCGACUGCACUGUCGGGUGGAUCGCGUUGGUGGUAUUGUGGAAACUAACCGGCCAGAUAGUAAAAAUUGGCAGUAUCAGGCCACGAUCAAGCAGGGUGAUAUUCUACUGAACCGCGUGCAGAAACUCAGCCGGGUCAUUAACAUCUAG